UGUUGGUAUAUUUCUUUUACUUCAUAUUGUAUUAUUGCAAGUGAUAUCACAUAUAUUUCAUUACAACUUUCUGAUUAUUUGUACUAUUUCGCGACAAUUUUUUAUACUAAUAGCACAGUGUUAUAUUGCUAACUGUCGCGGGCUCAACCAAGCAGCGACUAUGAAGUUGGGAGGAAAUAGUAAAUUACACUCAAAUUUUCAAAGAAGUGAACUUUUCCACAAAAUAGGAGAUUGGUUUAUUGAUCUGAAGAAUCAACUUUAUCAAAAAUUGUAUGGACAAACAACUACCACGACCCCUGCUACUUUGUCAACAGAAGUGUUAGAUUUGAAUAAAUUGCAAUUGGAAACCAGAUUAAGAAAUCGUGAAUGGCAUCAAAUAGAUUUAUCUACCCUAUCUUUUAAUCCUGAUGAAGAUUGGGGAUUUCGCGUUGGUAACUGGUAUUUUAUCCGAAAAAGAUUAGAAGGUCACAACGGAUUUGAGAAGAAUAAUUCGAUUGAAUCGGAUUUUCACCUUCAGAGUACUAUCCAACCAACAAAUCCAACUGAAGUAGAAACCAAAGGGACCUCUGAUCAUCAUACAAAUAGUUUAGAAAUUACGGAAUCUUCACAAAUCAUAUCGCCUACAACUGUAUCCAUGAUACAUGAUAUGGGACAACUCACAACGCAAGAAACAACGAUACAAACUAGUACGCAAGUCGAUACAUCGGUGAAUUCUUUAUUAGUAACAGAAAUACUGUUGGACAAAAAUGAAGAAACCAAUAUUGAUUCUGUUCAUAAAGGAUCUGUAGAAGUUUUAAUGGACUAACAAUAUCUGUAAAAAUAAUAGCGUUAUAUAACUUCUUUAAAUUUCAUAUUUUUAUUAAAAUUUUCUGUUUAUAUUAAGAACACUUUCAAUUUUUGUAUCAAAAUAAACAUUUUUGU